UUCUGAGAGCGGUGCGGGGCCCACGGCACUGGUGGGGGCAAUCCCACAGGCUGGAUCCAAAACCCUGAGGGGCCGGAUCUGGCCCGCUGGCCAUAGUUUGCCCAUCCCUGCUCUAAACCACCUUUUUCCCAGCACCCCAAGUCUUGCCCAUAGUACACAGAAUAUGUUUCCAUUCCCUGAUUGGAUGAGCACAAUGCUUAGAAUCAGGUUUCUGAUGCAAAUACUCAUGAACCAAGUGUAUAUCUGCUAAGGAGAAGAUGGAGAUGUUAAGGAGCCCAGUUGCUGGUCCAGUCAAAGGAAAAGACAUCACAGCAUUAGCAGGGAAACUCAAACACGUGGCCCUGAACACGCCACUGCGGUUUAGUACGGAGGCCAUGAGACCCCAGUCAAAGAACAACUCUCGCUUUGGCAACCUCAGCCACCAUUCCUUCUUCUCACGGCACAACCCCCAUCCUCACCGAGUGACCCACAUCCAAGGCUUAAAUGGCGUCCCCAUCUGUAUGGUUAAUGACGGGUGGUCUGUGCUGACCCCUCUGUCACCUCAUCCAAUGAUAAAAGGCCAGCUUUCUACUACCGUAUUGGGGGUACCAGGGGCUCAGAUGCCCAUUGGAGAUCCACAUAGUAAUCUGGUCCCCAGGUUAACUGUAGGGACAUUGUCAGAUGCAUGGAGAGAAGAACUGAGGGAACUUGCUGCCAGAGUUAGUGCUUCCUCCUCCACUGAAGUGGAGCAAAAGGAAGUGGCGGAAGAGCCCCGGAGAGCAACACAGUACUCAGCAGAAACUGGGCGCCUCAUCCCACCUUCUUCUCGGGCAACAGCCCGCCAUACCCCCCAACAGUUGUGCCGGAAUAAUGCAAAGAACAAAGGCAAAGAUGCUGCCCUGUCUUUCCAGGACCAAGAGCUGGUAAUUUUGGAGCUGCUGUGUCAGAUCCUGCAGACAGACUCCUUGUCGGCUAUUCAGCAAUGGCUGCUCACAGCUGGUCCGAGGGGUGAGGAGAACCUGGAACCUCAACUUGGUGCCUGGGCAAGAGGAAUAGACACCCACUUCUAUUCUCAGAAAAAGGAUCUUGUUAUGAGGAUGUUGCAGACUGCAACUGCCAACCUACAACCGGAGCCCAAAUCCUUGAGCACAAGCAUGGAGCAGAGACUUCAGUCCCAGAUGUCCCAGACUGCAGUGGGCCUGUCCUCCAGAGGGCAACACUUGGGAAGGAAUCAUCCAGUCAGAUUAUCUCAGAGUCCGAAGCAAGAACCCAUUCCAGAGGAAGACAAGCCAGUGCGUAUGGGUACUGCAGAAGUUCUCCAGUUCCAUUUAUCCCAGGAAGGAAAGCAGAACCAGCCAGAUCCACCCAAUUAACAUGGAAUCUUCUCUCAUUCCUGAUGGAAGAACCUCAAGAAGUGCUAGCACAUUUCCUGCUAUAGCUGCAGUGUUUUACUCUCAUUACUCACCUAGUGAAGAAGUGUUCUGUAGAGUACAUGAAAAGGCAUGCAAUAUCCAGUAUCACAUAAUCUCUCUCUUCACUUUGACAUCAUAUGUUGAGACAUGGCAAAUUUAAACAGAAUUUGUUUAAUGACUGUGCCAUAGACAUUAAGUCAUACUGUAGAAUGGGUCUCUGUGAAAUUCCGAACAUCCCCAUAGCUGUAGAUGCUUAAAGUACUGCUUCUGCUAUGAUCUGGUUGAGUAUUUGGUUCAAUAUGCAGAAUCACAAAGAGAAUGUGGCUGGUUUUUUUUCGUGAUCUCAGAUGCAGGAGGUGCAUGGCUCAUAAGGUGGGUUGACUCGCUGAUUGAAAGAUUGGCCAUUAAACAUUUCAGGCCUUUCUCUCAGAUCCCAUGGGUAGCGUUGAGCAAUUGCUCACCAUUCCAAAGGACUCAAAUCAGUCCUGUCAGUGCUUCUUUAAAGCCACUGACGGAGACAGAGCCAUUCUGAGUGAUUCUCAGCUCUUUGGCUCCUUUUCACUAAACACAGCUGCUGCCUCAUUACUUUCCCACUACAUGCCAGGAGGUAGCAAUCUGGAUGAAGAACUGGUUGCAAUUCAAUCCAAAUAAGAGAGAAGUGAUGUUUGUUCACAGAGGCAUUUAGAGGACUGGGUGGAAACACCACCUAUGGAGGGUGUAUGUCUGCAUUCUGGCAAAAUAGCUCACAGCUGCUUGAUCUUACUAGAUCCAUCACCCCUGCUCUUGACUUCUCAGGUAGCAGUGGUGGCCUGCAAUUCCUUUUGUCAUCUAUGGCUGUAUGAUUUUUCUUCUAAUGUGGACCUUAGAACAAUCUUCCAUGUCUUUGUCUCCGCCAGGCUAGGUUACUGAAAUGUGCAGAUUUCUUUGGUAAAGACAUCAUUGCAUAUCAAUUACUUGUAUAAAGACUGUACGACUCCUAGUAUUUGCCUGUGGUCCUUUUAGGAAUAAACUAUCUGCUUGUGUAGCCAGCUGAUCUCUGUGACUCCUGCCACUCUGUGAUCAGCUUAAAGCAUCUGGAAGAAGCAGAGCAGAG